AUGCCCUAUGAGCCCCUUCCCUCACUCUUCCCGAUCACUCUCGAGGAGGCGGAGGAGGAGGAGGAGGUGGUCGCACCUCCUACUAUGCCCUAUGUCCCUACCUCGGUCCCCACCCCUCCUCCGCCUUCAGUCUACCCGCCUUCUUCCUCCUCACCCCCCUUGGCUUCCCCUAGUCCUCCUGGUAUUCCAUCUCCCCUUCCACCCUCCAUCCCUCCUGCACCUGCUCCGCCCUCCUCUUCGUCUUCCAUGGCGCCGCCCGUUGGUGGGGGGGGGAUGGAGGUGCCACCGUCUGUGGAGAUCACCGACGGGCAGCGCCUUGAGACUGAGCAGCUGCAGGACGAGAGCAGUAUGGAUGGAGUACAGCAGACAGGGGAGCAGCAGAUUGGGGAGCAGCAGAUAGGGGAGCAGCAGAGUGGGGAGCAGCAGAUAGGGGAGGAGCGGAUUGAGGAGCAGCAGAUGGUGGACCAGCAGCUAGGGGAGCAGCAGACAGGGGAGCCGCAGACAGGGGAGCAGGAGAUGUGGGGAAUUAGAGAUGGUGGUCGUGUUGGUUGA